UCUAUAAAAGGGGUCAUUGCCUCUACAAACACCCACAAUCCAAAUCCAAAUCCAAAAAAUUUCUUCUAAAUUCCUUAACUCUCUUACACACACAUAUUACUAUAUUUAGUAGCCACUUCAGUUUCAAGAUUUUAUUCAAUCUAUUUUUGUUUUCUAGCUAAAGAAUUGAUGAAGGUUGAAGGAGGAAAAAGAUAUGCUGUUCUUCUAGCAACAAAGGAUUCUGACUAUGCUAAGAAAGUAUAUGGUGGGUACUUCAAUGUGUAUCUUGCAGCUUUUGGUGAAGAAGGAGAAAGCUGGGACUUGUUCAGGGUUAUUGACGAUGAGUUCCCUGAUGUGAAUGAGCUCCAAACUUAUGAUGGUUUUGUAGUUAGUGGCAGUCCUAGUGAUGCUUAUGGCAAUGAUUUUUGGAUUCUUAAGCUCUGCUUGCUCUUGCAAACUUUGGAUGCCAUGGAGAAAAAAAUCCUUGGGAUUUGCUUUGGUCACCAGGUAUUAUGUAGAGCAUUGGGUGGAAAAGUUGGUAAAGCCUAUACAGGGUGGGAUGUGGGGCUAAGGAAGGUGAGUAUAGUGAAAGACUUGGCCCCAUAUUACUUCUUUGAUGACUUGGGUGAAAUCCCUACAUCCCUUUCCAUUAUUGAGUGUCACCAAGAUGAGGUUUUUGAGGUCCCUCUGGGUGCUGAAGUGAUUGGAUUCUCAAACAAAACAGGUGUGGAGAUGUUCGCCAUUGGAGACCAUAUUUUAGGCAUUCAAGGCCAUCCCGAGUACACCAGUGACAUUCUUCUUAAUCUCGUUGAUCGCCUUCUCAGUAUGGAUGCUAUGGAGAAAGGUUUUGUGGACGAAGUAAGGUUGGGAAUGCAGACAGCUGAACCGGAUAGGAUGUGCUGGGAAAGGAUAUGCAGGAACUUUCUUAAGCGAUGAUAGACUCACGUCACUUGCUUUCUUACUGACCCUGGAAUCCUUUUUCUUUUUUCCUUUUUCUUUUUUCUAAGAAAAAAAAUUAUGCUGUUUUCUUUCUUAGACUAGCCCAACAUGAUUAGCAUGAGCAGGUCUUAUACUCUUAUACUGUGUAAGAUCCUUUCAUUAAGAAAAUUAAUUAACUGUAAUGCAUUAGAGACAACAAAGAUUCAAGUACAUGUGGGAGUAAUUUCUGUGACUUUCAGUUUUGCAGUCUUGAAUAAUAUCCAUUUGGGAAACAAAUUAAGCCAA